AAUGGUCGAGCCCGUCUGGGUGCCGUAAAGCGGAUUUCGCAGGCACGGGCCACGUGCGUUGAGUUUGCGUUGCGCUGCGUGCUGCUGUGCGCUGCUCGUGAGCUCGUUCGUAUGUACAGUACAACUUUACGCUGCACUUCUUUCGUACCGUACGUAGCUAAUCGUGCUAAUCGGAGGUGCGGGUGGGGGACAACAAACUAAAACACAAAAGGCAGCUCUAAGGAAUGAGUUUAUCAAUCUGGAUGAUGAUUUAAAAGCGCACAGCUCCCAGUGGCUUCUGAAUAUCUGAACUAUAAGAGGGCCACAGACGGGCGCAGAAGCGCUUCUGAAAGCUAUAGCCGCGAACCGGCGGCGUGAGCGGUGUUGCGAGCGUUGCUCUUCUCGGCUGUCAGUGGGUGUGAGGUGUCAGGUCGACUCAGCCUCAAACGAGUACCUGCUGCGGUGUGUAAACAUCGUCACUGGCGAGACAAAGGCGGCCGGGCGUGGUGCUGGCCACCCCCUCGUUUGCCGUGCCGGCCUUCAUAGGUGCUCGCUCAGACACAUUCUGUUUGGGCUACACGGGGUUCUGGAGAGCGGGGCGUAAGGUGUGUGAGGCCUGUGUGGCAUAUGGAGUGCGAGGUGUAGUGUGGUUUGAGGUGUCACGAGAGCAGGUUGCACGGCGGCAAGUGUGAGGGGAGUCGGGGUGCGUGAGCUGUUGUGCACUGCGGGGAAGUGUGUGGCGAGACGCGCCUGUCACUCACGGGAGGCGGCCGCGGCCCUGUGUCCCCGCGACGAUGCUCUACCUGGUCGGCCUGGGCCUGGGUGAUGCGAAGGACAUCACGGUGAAGGGGCUGGAGAUCGUGCGACAGUGCCGGACCGUGUACCUCGAGGCGUACACGUCCAUACUGAGCGUGGGCAAGGAGGCGUUGGAGGAGUUCUACGGGAGAGAGGUGGUGCUCGCCGACCGGGAGACCGUCGAGAUGGACACGCAGCGCAUCCUGGAGGAGGCCCGCGACGCCGACGUGGCGCUGCUGGUGGUGGGCGACCCGUUCGGGGCGACGACGCACAGUGACCUGGUGCUCCGAGCCGUGCGGGAAGGGGUUCCAUACCGUGUGGUGCACAACGCCUCCAUCCUCACCGCCGCUGCCUGCUGCGGCCUACAGCUGUACAAUUUCGGGGAGACUGUGUCGGUAGUGUUCUGGACCGACUCGUGGAGGCCGGAGAGCUUCUACGACAAGAUCGCCCGCAACCGCGAGAUGGGCUUCCACACCCUGUGUCUGCUCGAUAUUAAAGUUAAGGAGCAGUCGGUGGAAAACAUGAUGAGGGGCCGCCGCGUGUUUGAGCCGCCGCGCUUCAUGACUGUGAGCCAGGCGGCCGAGCAGCUGCUCGAGAUCGUGCACAACCGGCGGGAGCGCCGAGACCCCGUCCCGCUGAGCGAGGCGACGGUGUGCGUGGGCCUGGCCCGCGUCGGCUCUGAGACGCAGCGCAUCGCGGCGGCGCCUCUCUCGGAGCUGGCGGGCGCCGAGCUGGGCGGCCCGCUGCACUCGCUCGUGGUCACGGGGCAGCUGCACCCCCUGGAGGCCGACAUGCUGCGCCUGCACGCGCUCCGCGCCGGGGCGCUCGACGGACUCCAAGAGGUCGACGCCUCCACGCUCACCUCCUGAGCGGCGGCGGCGGCGACACACAAGGAGCGGGGUGGGGGGGGCGGGUCCCGUUGAGUGUGCGGUGCUGCUGCUGCUGCUCUCCGGUGGUGGUGACUGCUCGGUGUUGGGUACCAGCCUCUCCGUAGCUCGCGGGCCCUGGGUUUGAAUCCGGGUUUGAAUCCGGGUUCGAGCCACUGCCCAGGAUUGAACCGGGUUCUACUCGAGUGCAGCGAGUUGGCGGUGCCGGCCCGGUCACCGAUGAGUGGUUUGAUGCUUGACGAUGUGGUUUGAAAUCAGUUUGUUGGAAUGAAAUGUCCCGAGAGAUAUGUAUCUA